GAGAGCGAACGAAGUGCAUGAGAGGCUUUGAGCACUCCUGGACGUCCGAGCGUUUUUGGCCGUCACCGGCCUCCAAAACUUGGCAGUGGAGAGGAGGGCGCAAGAAGUACAGAAGCCUUCGGGAGUAUAGUCUCCAACGCUGAAACAAACCGUGAGGUAUUCGAAGAGCAUGACUCCCUCGUCGGGUUUGAAGUUUUGAACUCGGGCGUCCGAGUCAGGAGGCGGCGAGCUGUUACCCUGCGGUCAACCAAUGAUCAGCUGAAGCUUUUUUUGAGUCAGUUUGGUUGAGCAUGGCCAUGGUGAACCGAGAGAGAAUCAAAGAUCAGGCCAGAGAGCCAUUCGAAGACGACGAAGACAACGAAAAGUUCUAGCCAACCAUAGGAACGUUGGUUCAUAGUGUUGCCUGUUGCUGGAAGAGCUUGAGGCACCACGGUGAUUAUGGUUGUUGGCUUGCCAUGACCAACGACGGCGACUCAUUCACCCUAUAUGGUGAGCACACAGACAGAAGAGAUCCCCUCGCACCUUUGGGCAAUACCUCGAAGGUUUGAGUGAGACAGAGAAGAAGAUCCAGGAGAGGUCUCACAUCAACUUAGUGUUUCAAGCCCUCUGAUGGCCCAGAGGCGGAUUCCUUAGUUUCAUAUCAGUUUCACGGAAGUGUCUACCAAAGUCUGGAUCCCAGUGAUAGUAAUCCCCGUCCAUUGUUGCUUCUCACCCAGACCACAAUGUUGACGUUCGCUCGUGGCGGUACUCGAUUUGUUGGGCGGGGGCCGCCCCUGUCCUCGGAUUGAUCGCCAGUGAAGCAAUCAGCCCAAUCAUCAUCAUCAUCAUUAUUAUUAUCCUCGUCAUCUGUCAUCAAGGGACAGACGAAAGACGAAGACGUCAUUCCGUCAACAAUUGUGUUGUCCAAUACCCAACAUAAAAACCUCCCCUCCUCCACAUCCUCAUCCUCAUCAUUAACAUCAUGGUGGCUCUUCUUUCGGAGUGGCCCAAGUUCUUGACCAGAUCGGUCCCCUCCCGACCUUGCCGACGAAUGCUCGUCAUUCUGUUCUUCUGGACAUGUUUCUGCUUCCUGGUGUUUCAAUUGACUUCUCGUGACGACUUGGUGGAUGUGAUCACCACUGGUCGAAGACGUCAGAGUUCACGGGAAUUGCUGCAAAAAGUUGUCGAGACGCGGAAGCCUCUUUGGGGUGGAAACGAGAGCGUGAUCUUGAGUGGGAGCGGUUCCAUCAGUACCACCGAGUUGAACAUUUUCGAGGUGGAACCGGCCAUCGAUAAAAGUCCCAAGAGGGACGAGAAGGCCGUGGUGGAGGAACUGGCAGCUCAGUUGCCUAACUUGCCGUUGGUCUACCUACACGAGAACAAGGGCAAGAAUUGGCACUUCAAGGGAAACAAAACGUGUGCCAAGUUCCCUACCCUGUACGAUCUCCACAUCAACAACAUCUAUUGGCAAGAGACCGAGACGUCCAAUGGCACCUUCUACAUGUACGGUGCUUACCUGGAUCGGAGGAAGAACAACCGAUUGGGCCCCACCAUUCGAAUCCUGGCCAUGAUCAACCGGCUCCAGCCCCAAGUGAAGACCUACUGUCAGAUAUGGUUUAGUGGCUCCAAAGAGCCGGUGAUCUCCAAGGUGUUGGAAUACAAGUAUAUUUGGUUUAACAAAUGGGGCAACUACAAGAACGGCAUCUUCCAGCCUUACAUGAUGGCUUGUCAGAUCCCGUCGUCCCAUUGGAAACAGGUCCCCGUGUCCGUGUCCAUUGUGGAGAAUGUGUGCGACAAGGCCACUAACAACCUUCGCGUGGUCUACAACCAAUUGGAACCCGGUGAGAAGAAGAAGAAGUUCGCUGUGUGCGUCAAGGGUCUCGAUUUUCCCACGGAUGAUCUGUCCGUGCGCUUGAUUGAAUGGAUCGAGAUCCUGAAUGCCCUCGGGGCGGACAAGAUCUUUUUAUAUAAUCUGGAAGUGCAUCCAAACGUGACGAAAGUGCUGGAACAUUACGUGAAGCAGGGCAAAGUCGAUCUCACCCCGCUGUCUCUUCCCGGGUAUCAGCCUAACAUGCAAAUCCUGCAACACUUGUAUCUGAAGAGCAAAUUGAAUAACAAACGCCAGAACGAGCUCAUCCCAUACAAUGACUGUCUGUACCGCAACAUCUACCGCUACGAGUACGUGGCCUUGCUGGACAUUGACGAAGUGAUCAUGCCCCUCAAGCACCAAGAUUGGAGCGGCAUGAUGAAGGCUGUGGAGCAGAACUCGCUGAAGGUCAAAAAUGAGACGCGAGCCUCAUUCAAUUUUCGGAACGUCUACUUCAUGGACGAGAUGCUCACGGCUCACCGUCCCCAAGGCCUGUUCAAAGACAUCCCUCCCUAUCUGCACAUGAUGCAGCAUGUUUACCGUAGUGCCAAUUACACCAAGCCGGGUCAAUAUGUCAAGUGCUUCCACAACACGGAGAAAGUGCUGAUUCUGCACAAUCACUUCCCGUUGGGCUGUCUCGGUGGGGUCUGCACCUCCUAUCCCGUUAACACCGAGGUGGGUCACCUCCAACAUUACCGGGCGGAUUGUGUCAACACGCUGAAGAAGUCGUGUGCCAAGGAGUACAAGCAUUUCAGUGUGGAAGAUUCCACGAUUUGGCGCUACAAGAAGGAAGUGAUUGCACGGACGACUGACACGCUAAAUCGCCUCGGAUUCUUUCGGGUCUCGGCCCAGCCAACUCCGCCCAGUGCUGCUCUUGUCGUGCCAUAAAAUAUUUCUGUGUUUGCCACACACAUCAGCUCUACAUAACAACCACAACCACAACAACAACAACAGCUGCAAACCCAUGUGCCCAUUCUCCUGAUUUUAAUAUAUAUAUACAUAUCCUUAACAGAUAUAGACACCACAUAUAUGAGUGAGAGUGAGUGCGUGCAUUUUUAUAAGAAUUGUGCUCCGAUGCAACUGCUAAUCUUUGAAGAAAAAAACAUAUCCUCGAGGGGGGAAAACAAAGAUUAAUCUGGUGAUAUUUGACGUGCCAUCCAUGACUCGGCUCGAGUGCUUCUUGAGAUUGAGAGAUCUUCUUCGAUCGUCGACCGUACAGAAAAUGUGACAAGAAGCCAGACUUUUUGAUCUGUUCUAUUCAUUCAGUUCUUGUUGGGAAAUUGUUAAUCCCUCCUACCCAUUUUUUCCCUUGAAGUGCCAGAGGCAGACGGGAGAAAAAAAAACCUCGGCGAUCGUUCUUGUGUACUUAUUUGAGAAUUCCACACCUCGUUGCCAACAAUCAAGCCCUACUCGAGAGUUGACGAACGAAAAAACGAACGAACGAUCGAGCAGGCAGCCACCAAAUCUCCUCAUGAGAGGCAAAUGAAGGACACCUUUGAGAAUACAUUGACGCCCAUGUGAUAAGUUAUGAUGCCCUCAAUCGCCCUCCUCCCCUCCCCUCCCCUUCUGCCAAUUGGGUCAAUUUGAUAUGGGUUACAACUCCUAAAUACAGAUAUAGAAAAAGAUACUAUUUCCCUCAAAACUACUUCAUAUGCUGUGAUCGAUCAGUCUACUACAUUUCAUCCCAACCUAGAUGCGUGUCAGUGCUGUUGGUAAUUGUUUUGCCUAUCUACUUGUCCUACAAUGAGCAUUCCUCCGAUGCAAAUCUAAACACAAAACUAUGACAUGUCAAACACUAGCCAAUAAAAAAACUUGAAUAGUC